AUGGGUAGGCGUAAGAGGCUAUGCACCACCUCAACUGAUAUCCCUAUUGGAAGUGAGAUACAUGAACAAAGUUCUGAGUUUUCUGCAACUGAUAUCCCUAUUGAAGGAGAUCAAUCAAGUGCUCAAAAGAAAGUAAGGGGUUAUACUCAAAAGCCCGAGACAUGGAACAUGAGUAGCUCCAGAAAAAUAGUAGUGACAUUUAAUAGGUUCGGAAAACCGGUAGGAGAUGAAGGAAAUGAACUCGUACAAUACCUUGGGACCUUUGUGAGGAUGGCUAAUCAUGUCGGAAUAGAUUAUGAUAAUUGGAGGAAGAUCCCUAUACAGAAGAAAGAAGAUAUGUAUUCUAUGGUUAAGGCCAAGUUUGUUAUUCAUCCGACUGAAACAAGUGAAAUCAAGAAAUGGAUCCUUUUUAGCAUGGGGAAAAAUGGAGGACUUGGAAAGGUUCACUAA